CUGGAAACUGAAGCGUUGUCAACCGAGAGAGAACGUGCGGUCGGUGAGUUGUAAAAUUAUUUUUUUUCGUUGAAAUGUGGAAUAUUGAUUUGGUACUAUAUGUGAGAAUACAUUCUCAUUUCGAAAAAAAAUACUUGAUUUACUAGUAUUCCUUUGAGUUUUUGACAAUGAUUUUCAUUUUCAAGUAAGGUUUUGAAUUUAUUAUAUAUCGAUGAAGUUCCUUGAAAUUCAGAAAUGUGGGAACCAAAACAAAAUUCAUUUGAAGAGUUAAGGUACCUUGAAGCCCUAAAUUUUUCUCGAAAAUCCCAGAAAAUUAUUUCAUUUUCAGAAAGUUUAUGGGACACUUUUUCAGACAUUUUCAGCAGAGUUAUUAAAGAUAAUCUUUGAAAAAUGAAGUAACAACUUUUUUUAAGAUAUGUUGAACUUUUCCUUUAGAAUUUUCAAGACUAAUAUCAUCUUCCGGUGAUUUUUAUACCAGAUUUUAUGAUUAUGAAGCUUCAUAGUUCAUAACGCAUUUUCAACUUUCUGGAAUUUUCUGAAACUUGACUGUGAACAUUCAAUUUUUCUGUUUUCAAAUUAUUAGGAAGACUGAUUGAAAUUGUAGUUAUGAUAUGAACUUCAACUUAUACUUCAAAGUUCUGUGAGACUUAUAACAUUUGUGUGAUUUUUUUCAGAUUAUAAGCUUUCCAGAUAUGAUCAAGCUCACAUACCAGAAUCUGAAUUUUCAUUUGAUUUUUCCUUCUAUGUACUCUAGUUUACAAAAAUCUCCGUAUCCAAAAAUUCUGUGAGACUAAUUUUGUUUUCGUCAGAGUAAUUAUUUUGUGAACUUGAAUGACAAGAGCUUUUUCCAGAGCCUGAAUUUUUCAAACCUUUUUGUAGCUUGAAUUUUCCUUUUGCUCUAGAUUUCUGAAAAAACCCAUAUUCAAUUUAAUAUAGCUGAAACUCAAGCAAGUCUUGCCACAUUUUUUUGAAAAUAAACUUUCCAACAGGAUCUUUCUAUAUUUCACAACAUCUAUUUUCCAAUCGUAAGAUACACAUAUAAAAUCAAUGUUUUCUUCCCUUGCAAAAAAUCUAGAACAAAAUCAUACUAAUAUGUAAGUACACAACCAAAAUAAGAAGGCAACCUUCAUUAUCUCCUAAUUAGUGCAUUCUUCUUUUCUUAUUAAAAUUCUCUGCCAGUUGUUGAGUUUUGAUUUUGCACAAAUUCAGAAGAGCGUGAAUAUUAGACACUUUUUCUAGAAUUUGAAUUUGAAAUUGAAGUAUCGAUUUUAAAUGGGUCGCAAACGUGAGUUAGGGGCUUUUGGGGAGUAAAAAAAAUAUUUUGGAACCUGAUCUAGAGUAAAACUUUUGGUCUCCCAGGAUUCUUUUUCGGAAAAUACGUGGCCCAAAUUUCAGAAGCUUACUGCUGAUCUUGAAAAUCUCACAACUACCAGCCGCAAAGUGAGAAGAGCAAAAAGCUUUCUCGAACCCUCUAAUUCAGACAAAAAAAAGGAACUUUGUGAAUGAAAGCUGUUAUUUAAUGUCACCAAUACAUAUUAUAUCCCACCACCACACUUUUUUUUGCCUCAAUCAAUCCGUUUUAUUUCAUUUCACACGCUCCUCUGUUCUUUUUUUUCCAACAUUUCGUUCGCUUUUCAAAAUUGACACCCAUUAAAAGGUUCGCCAACCAACCAGCCACCCACCCGCUGUUCGUUUUUGUGUUGAUCGAAAAAGUGAAGGAGAAUGUCAUAACUGUUGUGUUUGAUUGGGUCUUUGUUCGAACACAUUUCUACAAGUAAUCAUUUUCUCUUGGCCUCGUGUCCAAGUUUGGCGUUUUUUUUUGGGUGGUUGUUGGAAAAAAAAAUUUCGCCAAAUGGCAAUGAUUUUUAUCUCAAGAGCAACUAAAAAGUUAUUAGGUUUUCUGAUUUUUUUGAAAGAUUAUUUUAUGAGCAUUUUCAUUUUGUUUUCUAGAAAUUUUUGGAAAAAUUCAGAUCGACGUUCUGAAUUUUCGAUUUAUCGGGCUUCAAAAACUGUAAAUACUGUAGAUUUGUUGGGAGUUGAAAAAUAAAUUCGAGCCGGAUUCUUGAAUUUUUAAAUUUCAAAGCCAAACAUUUUGUCAGUCUCAAGUUAUCCCAACUUCUCAAAAUUAUCUCUGUGGGCUUUCUCUAGAGCCAUUUUUUUCCAGAGCUUUCAGUGUGAGAGAGCUUUUACCAAAUUUUGUAGUUCUCAAAAUAUUUCAAAAAAAGAUUCGGGUUUUCUAGAAUCCCCCUUCAACAAUCCCGUUUCCAUUUUUAUUUUGCUCCACAAAAAGUAUUAAAUCAAAACCCCAUAAUUUCAUUACCUUCUCACAAUAUUGCACAAUACCUACCGUAUGUCUUUUCUUCUCCUCUCACUUCCGACAAAAACAAAAAAAAUUAGCACAUUUACUUCCCCUACCUGUUCAAACCCAUCUAUUAAACACAUGUCAUUUCGGAGUUGGAGCUAAUUAACAGAUUUGUUCUCUCUCGGUGUCGGCUUCCAUUUUUAGAAGCUAGGAUUAGUUGCAAAACAAAACAUAUGUUAUGUUAGUUUAUGGGUCAAUCAACAAUUUUUUGUAUUGUUCAUUUUUGGGCCUUUCCUGUUUUUGUCGAGAGAAAAAUGAUGGGCUCGAUGAGCUCGGCUCAAUGAAUUUCACGGUGAUAUGAUUAAGACACAUGACGCAUGAUUUUGCACUUUUUUAGAAAAAAAGUGAGAAGUGCAAAGUAUACACCUACAGUAUACCUAGGGGGGUAAAAAUAGAUUUGAAAAAUCUCAAGAGCAUCGGGAAUCGAACCUGAGACCCUGGGAUUGACAGCAACUCCUGAGCUACCUACUUUCCCAAAAAGUGACCGUUUGAUCUACUGAAUUUCCUGAAUUCUACAGUAUACCAAAACAAAAAUGCAUUCUGGUAUUAUAACUUCAAAACCUCCCAAAAUCCAUUACCAUAAUGGAUCCGCCAAUUUUGGGCGCAUCUCUUUUUUCUUUCUUUUUUUGUUGUUACGGUUUUGAUAUCCAACACCAUCUAUUGUAUUCACUCUCUCAUUAUAUAGUAAUAAUAAUUUCGCGCAGGCACCAACCAUUUUCUAAUUAGACAGAAAGGUAAAGGAAUUCAUAACAAAGUUGUUUCGGGGGAAAAGAGAAGGAGUACUGUAGUUUUUACAAAAACCUUCACUUUUUGAUUGAUAUUUGUAUGUACAAAUUGUGGUGAGGGAAAACUAGAUGAGAAUGAAAAAAACUACUGUAGGUUUUGGGGGGAGCAGUUUCUUAUUUUUGGGGGGAUCACUUUGUGAAACGAUUCAUUAGCCGGACCAUCUGGUACAUUUCAAUCGCCUCUCAAAUCCUUGUUGUUAUGGGGUGUCAUUCACUGAGCGUUUUUCUUUCUGAUGCAACAAUUUUCAAGUGACUAAUACUCUCUUAUUUUUUCUUCGCAGUCACUUAUUAAUAUGAACACAUCAUGAUUGAUUGAGGAGCAAAAAUAUGUUCGGUGAGUGAGAUGAUUAAUUAGGAGGAGGAGGAGGAUAUUUUAAUUAGGAAGUUGGAAAAAAAUGUUGGACAAGGGAACUUUUCUGAUGAGAAUUGCUAGAAUAAACUCCAAAAUCUGAAAAUUUUCAGUAGUUUUUUAUCGAGUUUUCGAAUUUAUUCCUCUAGUUCCAAACUGAGUUCUACAAAAAAAAUGAAAAAUUUGAACUUCAUAUUUCUCCAACACAAAUCUCUCAAAAUAAAGUUCAUUAGCCCUUUUUCUCAUUUCCAGUCUGCCUAAUUAGAAAAAAUCUUUGAGAAAAACCCACAGUUUUUUCUCAAGAUUUUGUGAUUUUCCGAGCCCUUAGAGUUUUCAGAAAUGUUAAGAAUCAUUUUUUGUCAAAUCCUGAAAAUUCAAAAUUUUUUUUGAAAAAUUUAAAUUCUGGCUUGAAUUCAAUUUUUUCCUGAAACUAUUAAUUCUUAAAUUUCUGAUUUUUUAAUCUUAUUUUCUCUCAAAAAACUUUUCGAAACAUUUCUGGAAACAUUUUUCAAUCUUGAAAUCCAAAACUUCAAAAUUAUUAUAGAAGGUGGAAUCUGAGCAAAAAAAGCUGUUCUCAUUUGAAAGAGAAUUUUCUAAUCAAUACAAUUCUUGAAGGAUUUUUUCUGGAAGCUUCUCAAGCAUUUGUUGAAAAAUUUCAAAAAAACAGUGACACACCGUGUAAAAUGGCUCGAAAAUUCAUAUAUACAGUAGUUUGGAGCUGUGUUUUUCUAGGAGUUUUGAAUUUUUGAACUUUUGAAUUAAAACUUUAUUGAUUUUUAUGUCAGACUUCACCUUUAAAUUUUGUGUUUGUAAUUUUUAAACCAAGGUAUUUUUCUCGGGCGGAAAAUCUGACAUUUGUCAGAAAGAUUCUUCAAUCUCAAGUUAUCCCAACAUUGUAGGAAAAUUCCAAAACCCUUUUCCUUAUCAAAAAAACUUUCUCGACACCCAUUUCAUAUUUCCCAAAACAUUAUCCAACACUUAUAUAACAAUUGUUCACAUAUUUGUCUCUCCUCUUCCCCCCCAAAUACUCUUCCGGAUCUCACAGUUACCUGCCUGCCACUACUCAUCAAAUAAUUGUCAUUACCGGACGCAAUUAUCGUGUCCAACCUCUACUCUAUCAGUACUUGAUCGACACAAUAGUAGAUUCAAAUCUUUUAUUUUCCGUGUGUAUUUUUUAUCUGAUAGGAAGUCCUUGUUGGUUAAAUAAUAAUCCUCGAUGGUCCUUCUCGAAAAAAACUGUCACUAUUUUUUAUGGUCCUUGACUGCUACUUUUGUUGAUUAUGCAAUUCGUAUACCUUUCUUUUUUUUCUCGGGUUUUCAAGUGAGAUUUGAUUCGCUUGAUUGAUUUUUUCUUAAUCAUGUGCUCAUUAGUUUAAAAUUUUUUAUAAGAACGUCAUUAGAACUUUUUUUCGCAGCCUACCUAUUUUUCUUCUGAAAAAAAUAUUCUGCAAUGCUUAUUUUGGACACGAAUUUGAAAAAACGUCUUGAAAAUUCUUGGAUGGGUAAUUUUUUUGAAUGAUUAAUUGUUAUCAAAUCAAACCCUAGAAUUAAAUUGUUUUCUGUUUUUCUUGAAAUUUAAUUUUUAAAAUACUGUGUUGGUUUGGUGAAGAAAUUGAGAUUAGCUCAAAGAUCUUCAAUUUUUCCAAUUCUAGAGUUUGCUCAAAACUGCUGCACUUCUGCGCAAAUUAGCCCGAGAAAUCAAUAAAAUAGUUGAAAAUAAAUAAAUUUCAAAAAAAAGAAAAAGACAUGCAAAAAAAGAGGGAGAGAAAAACGAGAGUGGGCGGAGUUGACUACGGUAGAUGAAAUGUGUUGUAGUCCAAUAGGAAAAGAAGACAUAUGGCAUGAGACACUCAGGGGGUCUCCAAAGCACUUUCUAUAGUUUAACUACCUUAUAUAGGGGGGUAACAAAAUGUAUUUAUUUUUUUUCAUAUGUGUUUGUUGCAGAGCUGAAAAUUUUAAAAAAAUUUUGAAAUAAAUUUUAACUUUUUUAAAAAUAUUUUUUCCAGGUCUCUCGUUGACGCGUGCUCGCGUUCCAAGCGUUCAACGUAUGACAGUGGACGACGAUCAAAAUAUUCCAAGCAAAAUGCCUGCUGCCGGUAACUAUGAGAACUCUGAAG